AUGGCCGUGAAUGGGAACGCAGAAAGAUCGGUAUCACUCCCCAAGCUUAGCGUGACCUCCAUGACAACCUCAGAUGCUCGCUCUAUCUGGUCGUACCUGAUGCACCUUGUUCCCGCCAUUAAUGAAGCGAGGAGGAAGAGCAUGUACUGUACGCUAUCCUUCGCUGCUCUAGACGGCAUGAACCACCAGGUGAACGUCGAGCUGAGAACCAUUCGGGCGUAUUCGCUGGUCGUCACCGACCCAACUACUAAUCCGGCCCUCAUUGGCUUAUCUAUGGGAGAGCGGACGGGAUCCCGAGUUUUCCAAUGGGUAUGGUCGCCGACGGCGCCCUCAAAUCCUCUCGCAUGGCUAAUGGGAUUCGGAAAACAAUCUCUCAAGUCAGAAAUUCGUCUCCGUGGCAUAUUAGUAGAAGAGCUACCAAUCUUCAUCUUAGACUCGUCCGCCGGACCACGGCAUUAUCCAGCAACCGGACGUCGGCGGUCAAGCAAGACCGACCCCGACAGACAUAGGAAUAAGUCGGCCACUUUUUUCUUUCGUUUGCCGCACUACGUUGUCCACCGGUUCUCGGGACCGACUCGGUGCUCUUCGGUGAGGUACGCUUACUUGAGAGCAGCGGGGGCUCUCCGAAUCACGAAUUCGCCGCUCAGACGUGGAGCUAAUGUAGCCCUACACGAUACAAUGUACAACAUGGCCGCCCACGGCUCUAGCGGGCUCGAGACUAGCGGGAUCAAGAAAAUGCUUGUAUCAUGGCCAACCGGUGGCAGGAAGCCGUCGACACACCGUCUGGAUCAGGGUCCGCCGGACGAGAUCCACCGAGUCAACAACUUUCGUGAUCGGAUCGGGAUUCGCUCUCGCUGA